AGCUAAACGUGGUGUCAAACUAUCGUCUGCCCGCGGCUUAGUUUUUGGACACAGGAACGCAGCAGACCAUUUGGGACCUCUGGUCAGAUCAGAUUUCACGUUUGCCUCUGUUGAAGAAACCGCCCCUGGUGUCCCGUCUGAACUGACCAGGCUCUUGUGUGCCGCUGCCGCAAACGACCCAGGCAGAGAAAGACCGAGUUUGCGUUGCGGAAAGUGAAAGAUGCGCGCAGAGGUGACAUGCGGAGCUGCGCUGCCAGCCGCUAAAAGGGGGGCGGGGUUGACGGCGAAAGUUUCUUUGAUAAUGGAGAUGAGGAUGGCUGUUUUAGGUGUUGUAUGUGGGAAGACGGCGGCAGGAGCGGUUCAGGUCGGAGCAGUGUUUUGCCACGUACGGCUGCAAGAAAUUUGAUCUGCAGAGGUGCCCGUGCUGAACAAAUGCUUUUGAGAGUAAAAUCUCCUUCACAAUCCAAGACGUCACGAUAAUUGCAGUUUGAGAUCACAACAUAAACUGAGGCUGUAUGACACAUCUACACUAUAAACUGUGGACUGCACCUUUAACACACAAGCUCUGCUGUGUCGUGCCCAGACGAGUUGACCGUGACUGUUUCUGCCUGUUGCACAACGCUUAACCUCUGUCCACUUUUCAAACUUAUUUGAACGAUAUGUGUAUGUGUACACACAUUGCUUCAGUUGAACUGCAACCGUACACAGACAAACAGCAAGAGCUGAAAAGAGAACAAUGGCACUUCUCCUGUGGUUUGGCCUGUCGCUGCUGGCAGCUGUCCAUGCCAGCGCUGUCAAGAACUGCCACCCUGGUUGCCACUGUGAGGUGGAAAGCUUCGGCCUGUUUGACAGCUUCAGUCUGACCAGGGUUGACUGCCGAGGCCUGGGACCCAGUGUCUCCAUGCCCAUCCCCAUCCCGCUGGACACUGCCCACCUCGACCUGUCCUCCAACACCAUGGGCCCGCUCAGCGACACCAUGUUAGCUGGUCCGGGAUACACCACCCUGGUUAGCUUGGACCUUAGCAGCAACCAUAUCACAAAGGUCAGCCCUAGUGCGCUGUCCAAGCUGCGCUACCUGGAGACUCUGGAUCUGAGCCACAACAACCUGGAGAGCCUCUCAUCAGGAUGUUUCUCUGGGCUCCCUCUGGCUGAUGUCGACCUCAGCCACAACAACUUCCAGGAGUUCGACAUGGACGUUUUCGCUGCCAAAGUUAACGGCGAACCUGUCAACGUGGAUUUGUCUCAUAACAAGCUUGUGUCAGUCUCUACCGCUUUCCAUGGAAGAGUUAUACACAUUCAGAGCCUAAACCUAUCAGCAAACCAACUGUCUAGUGUGCCGAGCGUAUCAGGACUUCCGCUGAGGUACCUCAAUUUGGAUGGGAAUCCCAUCACGCAAAUCAAAGAGGGAGCCUUCGCUCAGCUGAACGAUCUAGUGUAUUUGUCCAUAAGUGGCCUCCAAGAACUUCAGCAGAUUGAUUCUCACAGCUUCAAGGGCCUGCAGGGUCUGCAAGUGCUGGACCUCUCAAACAACCCCAAACUUCGGAGUCUGGACCCUGCAGUGUUCAGUGGACUGGACUCCCUGCAAGAGCUGAAUUUGUCUGGUUCUGGUGUGGCGUCCCUGCCAACAAACAUGCUGACCCACCUGCCCAGCAUAAAGAGUAUCACCCUUGGACGAAGCAUCCACUGCUGGAGGACCCAGAAGCAGGGACAGUUCCACAGGCAGAUGGGACAAGUCCAGCAUAACGAGGUGCUGAACUGUAACGUGGAGGGCAUUGUGUUGUGAGACUGUGCCGGUGGACAUGGACCGCUCCUUUCAAUCAUGACGCCAGAGCUGUGCCUUACCUGCUUUGAUAUGCAAAACACUUCUCUUUUUGUGUUGUCUAACUCAGAUACAUCUGAUUGUAGGUGAUACUGUGGAAAUGUGUCCUACAGGUUUGAAGUAGCCUUCACGAACUCUUAACACAAUAUCACCCAUGCUGUACCUUUUCAAACCACAGUAAAGCUGCGUUUUUAUAUAGCUCAGAACAAUUACCUUUACAUAACUGCCUUUCAUGAAUCGUAAACCUAACUUAGGUCUGUAGAUAACUUUAAGUUAGAUUCAUGUACUUCAACAUGGGACCAUACUAAGAGUUGUUUGCACUUACUCCAGUUGUUUUUUUAAUAAUGCACUUAAACAUGCCUUCUACAUAUUGCCCAUAAUAUCCAAAUGGAGGGAUAUUGAACAACUGUUGACCACUAAGAUGUUUCAUUUGACUUUGAAUGUGAUGCUCAAAAGAACAGGUUAAAGACUUGUGGAGAGUUUCUUGACAAAAUUGAUACCACUCUCAUGUCUGUGUGUUCAGUAUGAAGCUGCAUGGAGCUGAUUAACCCAGCUUUGCAUAAAGAUUGGAAGAAGGGGAAAAAUGCUGCCCUGUUCGAGGAACUUGGAUACAUCAAACAGACUUAAAAUAACUAACGGCAACGUCGGGGCCAAAAAGCUUGCACUUAGAAGACACUGCAAAGACUGCAGCCAGUGGACAACUAGUAUGUGCAUGUGUUCUGCACCUGCAUAAGAGGAAAUAAAGUGGCAGUAGUCCGUUUUUGUCAAUUAAAAGACUAAACUUGAACGGGUUGAACCAUGAAGGAGUUUCCUUCAUCCCGGUUGGCCAUGUCAUUAUAAAAAUAUUUACAGGUUGUGUUGCUGAUUCAGCAUAAUCCAGUGGAGCAAGGGGCCUUCACAAAACUAGUCACUGACAGUGGCCAACAGUCUUGGUGGCUUGGUGUGUCAUGGCUCUAAAUCUCACAAGUUCAUUUAAAAACAACUUGAAAAUAUUGAUCUCAAAUAGACUUAAAAAUAUUACCUACGAACUAAGUGGAUUCUGUUACCUUCGGGCAGAUCCUGGUUAUUUCUUUAUCCCCUAUUACCAUUCUCAGCAUUAUAAACUAAGCUAAUAUAAGUGUUUCACAAGCAUGGUCUAAAAUUUCUUUUAUUUGGGAUUGAUGCUCACAGUUAACUCUUGUUUCCCGUACUUUAACGUUUAUCCCCAAAGCAACAGUUACUUGAAUUUUUUUCUUUGUGCGCAUUCUCGUCCACUGCAUCAGGAGUGUUUCUCCUCAUGACGACGCUACGCCGUGUUUGGUGUGACAGCCUUUCAAAAUGGACUACAAGCAACCUUUGACACAUCGCCCAUUGGCCUGCGUUGUGUUUGAUUCCGUGACGUUGCUCAACAGGAGUAAAUAAGCCGUGUCCAUAUUGAGGAGAAGUCUGCGCUGACCUGCUGUCUCCGGUCGAACAAACGGUCUCAACAACACAACUAAUUUGACUGACAAAGUGAUCACAUGUUUGGAGAUGAAGUGAUGCUGGUGUGUGUUGAUGAUUAAACACCAGGCUGCACUGUGCCGUCACGUGUGACCUUGUGUUCCUGUGGUAUUUAGAGGACCAUCGGCCUCAAGACUGCAUGGUGGGAUUUGGGACUGUGAGCAAUCUGUUAAGAGCCUUAAGUAUUUUGGUUUGGAGCUUUUUAACCGAAAUCCAUCUUUUCUGUUGGUUAACUGAAAAUCAGAUUAACCCGGUCGUAGGUUCAGAAGUUUAUAUUUGUAUGUAUGUAACUAUAUUGUAUAUAACUUUAAAUAUAUGUGAAUCACAUGCGUAAUAAAUGGACUAUUCUCA